AUGAUUCUAGAUAUCCAUUUUAUAUAAAAAUACACUAGUGUCUCAAUAAAAAGAAUCCAAAUUUGUAAUAGGAGCUAAUUAAUAAAAUGGGUGUAUUUUUAAUCAAAGAAUAUUUUGAAGAAAAGUUACUCACUGUAUAAAUUAAAUAGGAUGUCUAAAAUCUAAACUCUUAAGAUAUAUACUAAAUUUGUUUAAGUAAAUGGGAAUGCUACUUUUAAGAAGCCUAGAAAAUAAGAAAAAAUGGAAUAAAUUUAUUAAAGAAAUGGAGAUAAUUUAGAAUUCAACAAAAAAAAAGGCAACAAAUUUCAAUUACAUCAAUUCCUUAAGUUAUAAAAUUUUGCCAAUUCAAUAAACUAUAAUUUAAGGAUAUUUAAAUGUUAUUUAAUGGGAUUCAACAUGAGAGCCUAAUUAUCAAAAUCUAUAAAUUUUAAGAGUAUUUAUAUUGUUUAUUUUUUGAGAACUAGUGAGGCUGAGAUAAAACAUUUUAAGAGUGGCCGAUCUUUAAUUUAUCAAUUAGGUCUUAAAUAAUUUAGCAAGGAUAUUAACAGAAAUAAAGAAUGGCAAUCUAUAAUGUGAACGCUUUGAAGAACUAAAAUUAUAAUAUUAAAGUUGGAAGGAUGACAUAAAUACAUUUGAAAAAGAUGAAUAAGAACUCCUAGAAAGGAAUAGAUAAAUUCUCAAAUUGAAAUGGUAGAAAGUAUCAGCAGGAGUUAAAGUAUAAAGGAAAUUUGAUUCUCACCUAAUGAAAACUGUGGAGGAACAUUCAGAUGAAGAAGCUUGA